AGAAUGGUGAAUAACGCUGAAGACCUUCAAGAGGCUUUAUAACGUCCCAUCCCCAUGUAAAGUAUGCUCAGAACUUUUCCAGUAGUUCUGCUGGAAACCAUGUCUCACUACACAGACGAACCAAGAUUUACCAUAGAGCAGAUAGACCUGCUUCAGCGCCUCAGACGAACGGGAAUGACCAGGCAUGAAAUCCUCCACGCGCUGGAAACCUUGGAUCGUCUUGAUCAAGAGCAUAGUGACAAGUUUGGAAGAAGGUCUAGCUAUGGAGGUGGUUCCUACAGCAACAGUACCAACAAUGUCCCAGCAUCUUCCUCUACAGCCACAGCUUCAACACAGACCCAACACUCUGGGAUGUCCCCAUCACCGAGCAACAGUUACGACACCUCCCCACAGCCUUGCACUACUAAUCAGAAUGGGAGGGAGAGUAACGAGAGGUUGUCUGCAUUCAAUGGGAAGAUGUCGCCCACCCGCUACCCGCUGGCAAACAGCUUGGCUCAGAGGUCCUACAGCUUUGAAGCUUCUGAAGAGGACUUGGACAUUGAUGACAAAGUGGAGGAACUGAUGAGGAGGGACAGCAGUGUGAUAAAGGAGGAAAUCAAAGCCUUCCUAGCCAAUCGGAGAAUUUCCCAAGCAGUUGUUGCACAGGUAACAGGUAUCAGCCAGAGCCGCAUCUCCCAUUGGCUGUUGCAGCAGGGGUCGGACCUCAGUGAACAAAAGAAAAGGGCAUUUUACAGAUGGUACCAGCUUGAGAAGACAAAUCCUGGGGCUACAUUAAGCAUGAGACCUGCUCCCAUCCCAAUAGAAGAGCCAGAAUGGAGACAGACGCCUCCCCCAGUCACAGCUACCUCUGGGACCUUCAGACUACGGCGGGGCAGUCGGUUCACAUGGAGAAAGGAGUGCCUGGCUGUUAUGGAAAGUUACUUCAAUGAGAAUCAAUAUCCUGACGAGGCAAAGAGAGAAGAAAUUGCCAAUGCCUGUAAUGCAGUUAUACAGAAACCAGGAAAGAAGUUAUCGGAUUUGGAGCGAGUUACCUCCCUUAAGGUGUAUAAUUGGUUUGCCAACAGGAGGAAGGAAAUCAAGAGAAGAGCCAAUAUCGCAGCAAUCCUGGAGAGCCAUGGAAUAGAUGUACAGAGUCCAGGAGGUCAUUCCAACAGUGAUGACGUGGAUGGCAAUGACUACUCAGAGCAGGACACUUGGCAAGUACGCAACGGGGAGGAGGAGGGAAGAUGUUCAGAGGGAGGCAGAGAAGCAGAGAAGGUAGAAGAAGACAGGAGGAUCUGCUCCAAACAAGAUGACAGCACUAGCCAUAGUGACCAUCAAGACCCCAUUUCACUAGCCGUGGAGAUGGCAGCAGUCAACCACACCAUCUUGGCGCUGGCCCGGCAAGGAGCCAACGAGAUCAAGACAGAGGCUCUCGACGACGACUGAUACAAAGAAAGGGGAGGGUCAAAGCAAGAAGUAACUUAGUUUUAGACGUAGCACCUUAGCAGACUUUCCUCGGUCCUUAAUAUGUGUUCUUACAGUAUAACUUUGCAGUUUCUUGUACGUCAGUUAGCUGUUAGGGUCUUGUUCUGUGAAGAUGGCAUGGUGCCCUCAGCCUUUGCAUAUACUCUCUCUCAGUAUUAAUUCCCAAUAAAUAAUCAAUCAACCAACCAACCUCCCUCUCCCAGCCCCAGUGGCUAGAAA